AUGGUUUCCGCGAGCAGAGCUGUGUUUCAGCUGUUAUUGGUGGCAUUGGUGUGUCAUUUCUGCUGGACAGUACAUAAAGAUGUUCAAUGGCAGUUGAUGGAACAGGAAUGGGUUGAUAUGAAGAAGAUAUCGCGGUGUAAGCUGGAGUAUGUGCAGAACAGAUGUUCUGAGGGCCUGCGGCCUGCUCUAGUGCAAAAAUGUGAGGAAUGGUGGCAUUGUGCUCAGCUGGACUCGCACCCGAGUGUUCACCAGAUGGCCAGUUUGUAUGCGACGACACUGGCGCAGACCCUUAAUUCGUUUGUGCAGGCGCUUGCGUUUCGGACGAUUCUGUUGCUGUUGGUCCUGAUAUAUGUGUCACGACAUGUGUUGUAA